UUUGAUUACCUAUACGCACCUAUACAUGCAUACUGCAUACCUAUAUGUACCUAUGAUGAGUUGACCCCGCCGCAGUUUAGUUGCAAUAAAUAGUCAUAAGAGUAUGGACCUGUUUUAAUUUCUUCUAACACCUUCACUCCAAAAUGAACCUUAACGCCUAAACAUUAUGGUCCAUCGACCACGGAUAUCAUUUACGGUGACCUAUUGCGCGGAGUGAAUUUUAUGUAAUUUGGAGUUAAAUAUGGACAAAUCAGUGCAAAAAAGUGGACAAUAUAACGGAUUAAAAUGUGUUUUAGUGAAUUAAAGUGAAAAGAACGAUAUAGACUGGUAAAUUUAGGAUUUACAAACAAAUAUUUCUACAACCGUUAUUGUACGAACUAAAUUGAACUGAGUGAUUUGGCAUGUUUCAAAAGACAGUGGAAUAGUGUAUUUAUACAUAAACAGCGGCAAAAUAAGAUAGCAGUGAACAUUACGUACUUAUAUGCAGCGCGUACUUACCUACGGACUUAUGCGCUUACCUACACGGUAAAAAGUGAGUGCCGCGUUGGAACAUUCUAGAACUUGGUGAUUUGGUAUUUAAUUUGGUGAUAUCGUAGUAGUGAAAUUACACAAUGGAGCAGAUAGAAAAACGUAUACUACUUCAGAAAGAUACUUAUGAAAAGAUAGAAAAGGCUUAUAGCAACUACAAAAAGUCGCCUAAGGAGAGGAUAACUAUUGGAUAUGUACAAGGAAGAAUGGAUACGUUAGAUACUUAUUGGAAGGAAUUUAAGACAGUUCACGAGAAAAUACUUUUAUCGAUUUCCAUAGAAGACAGACAAUUACUUCCGUACUUCUCCGAGGAUAUGUUUGACCAGUUUGAGGAGUUGUUUUAUACAUACAAAGGAGAGUUGAGGACGGUGUUAUUGAAGCUUAGUUCUGAAACCGCCAAGGUGGACACGUCCAAACAAACUGUGAGUAACACAAGUACAUCCAAUAGUGAAGUCCGUUUACCUAGAAUUUCCAUACCGACGUUUAAUGGGAAUUAUACAGAGUGGCAAUCAUUUCACGACCUUUUUGUGGCAUUAAUUCAUAACAACUCGUCAUUAGAAAACGUACAGAAAUUACACUACCUGAAAAGUAGUCUGACGGGCGAUGCUGAAGUAUUAUUGCGGCAGUUUUCUAUCACCGGAGAAAAUUAUACCGAGGCAUGGGCGAUUCUGAAAAAGAGAUAUAACAACAAGAGAUAUAUAGCGAAUACAGUUUUUAAGAAGUUUUUUGGACAACGAGCGUUAUCUCAAGAAUCGGCCUCCGCUAUUAAACAGCUGUUAGAUACCACUGUAGAAUGUAUGAACGCGCUGAAGAAUUUGGGUUUGCCUACCGAUCAGUGGGAUGCAAUCGUCACGUUUGUCGUCAUAUCUAAGCUAGAUGUCAGCAGUCAUAAACAAUGGGAAGAGACAAUUAGUGAAGAUAGUAGCGAUGACUUGCCUGGAUUUGAAAGACUAAAGCAGUUCUUGGAAACACGGUUUCGCACAUUAGAGAUGGUAGAACCUGCAAAUAGAAGUUACAAACAACCACCGAGUGUUAAACCGAAGUCAUUUCACACAACGGCUAGCAACGACGAUCUGCAAUGCACCUUCUGCAAAGAAAAGCACUACAUACAUCAUUGUAAGCAGUUUAGCAAGCUACCUAUUGAAGAGAGAUACAGCUACGUUCAAGGCAACAACUUGUGCUUUAAUUGUCUCAUACCUAAUCACACCGUGUUUAAAUGCAAACAACGCACGACAUGUCAAAUCUGCAAGAGAAAACACCACUCCUUAUUACAUAGAGAGAAGAAGACAGCAAGUGAAGACAAACAGGUUACAACUGCAACGAAAGAGGAUCCGCCUGCACACACAAACGAAGAAAAGUUUGUCACCAAGGUCACAGCGCAUGUGGCAAGCGGAGAACAGCCUGGUGAGAAUAUAUGGUUAGCCACAGCACUGGUAGACGUCACAUCGAGUUCAGGUCAGUCACACGUCUUCCGUGCUCUCAUUGAUCCAGGUUCAGAGGUGUCACUAGUUACAUCAAGAGUCGUCGAUUUAUUAGGUUUAAAGAAAAACGAGAUCAGCGGCGUCAUGUUUGGUGUUGGUGAAGGUAAUCGCACAUCUCUUAAGCACUUAGUAGAUUUACAGAUUACGUCUAGAUAUGAUACAAAUUUCUCAUUUGAUGUUAUACUUGGCCACAGCUUAAGGAUAUACAACUGGCUGACCCCACCUUCAACGUACCAGGUAGGAUAGAUAUUUUACUUAGUGCGAAAAUGUAUG